AUGAAGCAAGCAAUGAAAUGCACCCUCCAAAACAAAAAAAGUGCUAAGAAAAAGAAAAUAGAAUACGACAAUCCAAUGGUAAAGAGUGCAUAUGAACUUUUGAAGAAAACAGCGGACAAUGAUGACCCGUACACAAGUUAUGGAUUGCAUAUUGCCAACGAACUAAAAAAAUACGAUAAAGCCACAAAAUUGAAAGAAAUUGACCCAUCGGCCAACGCCGCGUCUGCAAAAAAAAAGAUAGAAAAUCUUAGAAUUUCUUAUAUACGGGAAUCCAAGAAGGAACAACAAAUAGGCCGGACGAAUCAAAAAAAGCUGACAAGAGAACGCAACAUCGAAAUUAAAAAAGAAAAACUAAUAGAUGCAGCAAAUGAUUUAUUAACGAACAGAAGGGAAACUAAUGCAUUCGGAGUAUAUGUGGGCAAGAAAAUGGAAGAAAUACCUGCUGGUGCCAGACCUCGCUGA